AAAGAAGAGUUGUAAUAAAACUCGCGGUACCCGAUCUUUUAGCGAAAGAUCUCGCUGAAUCUGUAAAUAUUUUGGGAUUAUCUUGUGUAUUUGAGUCACAUAAAACACAUCACAGAAAUUGGGCUAAUCCCAGAAAGAUUUUGUUUGGAAAAAGGGAAGAGUUAAUCAAGAAAAUGGCAUCAGUAAUGUCAGAGGGUCAAAAAACCAAUCCACAAUUUCCGCCCAGCCAUUCCCCAGCAGUAUCUAGGGGCAUAUUGAAAGAGGAAAAAAGUAACGAUUCUGGGUCUACGGCUAGUUCUGCUUCAGCUCCAGGAAGUGGAUCAAAUACUUCAACUGCUUCACUUCAAAAGAAG